CAGUCUGGUCCUCUCGAGGGCGACGGAAAACAUUCACCAACGACAUUGCUUUUCCCGUCUGCAAUACCGAGCUCCGAGCUAUAAUCGACGACGGAAGAAAACGUGGCCAAAGCCGUGCGUGAAAUUAACAGUCGCACCGUUGAAAAGCAUGACGCGGGGCUUGUAAUUGCACUCAACUCUGGUCGGUUAUUUAUGGAAGUUAUCUUAAAUAUUACGCGGCCGAUACCGCGGAUUCAUCGGCGCGUUUAUGCGCUCGAUAUGUCUUUUACGAGCCGCGCUUUAAUUUAAAAGCCGAGGCACACCACGCCUACCUCAGGCAGAACCUGGUGGAAAUCCCGGCUGAUCACACCAGCACCUCCGUCAUGGCGCCUCAACUGAGAACGAUUCUCCUGCUGCUGACGGCGGUCCAACUGAGCUGCGGGCCUUCCUUGGCUCAGAAAUACUUUCCACCGCGUCAGCCACCGGCGUGGCUCUACACGAACGCCCCGACUGUUAAUGUGAGAUCGAUGAGUCCGGUCGACGAGGAUCAACGAAUUCUGCCGGACCUACCGCAGGAACGACGAAUGGACGCAGACUUCGAGGAGGAUGCGCCGGAGUACAGAGCAGCUUCCCCCGGGCCGCCGCACGUGUUCAACGGACAGUCGAAGCAACCGAUAGCUGACAGAUUUUUCCAUGACGACUUGCAAAGAUGGUUUUGGAAUACCGGCUUGCCGUCAUUCAAGAUCGGUGGAGAGGCGAAACUUACGAUGUCCAAUCACCCCUUCGGCUCGUCCGAGGAAGACGCGGACGCUCAUCGUCCCUCGACUGUACGUUACAAACAGUGGUACACACCAUUUUACCUCGAAGAUUCGACGGCGGAGCAGCCGUUCGAAUCUUUUUCCUCAAGUUACAUUUCGGACAGGCGAAGCGUCCCUCCGCCAGUUAAUAAGUGUCCCCCAGGAAUGCGGCUCAUACGCAAUCAUUGUGAAACCAUGUUUCGAAGAUAUGAAAACGAGAUGCAAGAAAGGAUGUAUGACAGCGAAGACGAAGAAGACGAAGAAUUCAUGCGUAAUUUUCCGAACGAGCGAAGCAUGGAUGUGUUAAGGUGUCCCCAUGGAACGUCAGCGAACGAUACCACGAUGGACGCCGAGGCAGCGUUGCUGGAAAACUCGCCAACCUUGUCGACGAUCUCGUCGGAUUCCACAGACGCGUCGUAUUCGGAGCCGGGCUCGCCCUAUUCCCCGGAGUCGCCGAUCAUUGUCACGUCCUCCUAUAAAAAAAAGCGCGACGAUGAGGUCACACCCAGACCAACGCCCAGACACCCACUGCCAGCCAGGAAGCCGAGCUUCCGGAUACGACCGCCCUACCUCAUGAUCUGCAUCAGCAUCAUCGAGAUAACCGUCCACUGCCUGGGAGACGAGGCGACGUUACGGAGAUGGCUGGUCUACGAUCCCCGUCAGAGGGUGCAGGGCUGGAGGUUCGCCUCCUACAUGCUGCUGCACUCGAACGCACUUCACCUCGCACUCAACGUGGUCAUUCAGCUGGUCCUGGCCACUCCACUUGAGGUGGAACAAGGGCGAAUAGGAGUUGCGACCAUCUACCUGGGCGGCGGGGUGUGCGGCGCUCUGGGCGCCUCGCUUCUGCAGCCGAGCCUCUACCUGGUCGGCGCCUCGGCAGGUGUUUACGCGCUGCUCACGAGCCACCUCGCUCAUCUCUAUCUGUGCCACGGCGAGCUGCGCUACGCCGGCUGGCGUCUCGGCGCCGUGCUGCUGUUGGCCGGUGCGGACGUCGCGUCGUUGCCGAUCCCGGCGCUGCUCGGAUGCGGCCGGGUCGGAUGGGCGGCCCACGUGGCGGGCGCGCUGGCGGGUCCGCUUCUGGGUCUGGCGGUGUUCCCGAAGCAGAGCAAGAAGGACGCCCGGGGCCGCAGGUUCGUGCGAUUCGUGCGGCUGCUGUCGGCCGUGAGCGUGAUGCUGCUGCUCGUCGGCGCCGUCCUCGGCAAUGUCUACCUGAUCGCCCUGCCGCAGCUCAGGAAGCCGUCCUGACAGAGGAUCGAGCUGCUGGUCAAGCUCUGCAAACGCUCCUUCCUGAUCGUAAAGAUCCGGGAGGCCGCCGAGAGUGUGUUCGAGUAGGUUCGCGCGGACGCCGUGCGGCCGAUCGACGCGGUACCCGCGCGAUCCUGAUGAGCGUCCCACGUCUCACCGCCACUGAAGAUCCCCCGGGUUUUUCGUGGAGGCCUCCCUCGAGUUUCACGCGUCUCUCUUGUCUUGACCGAGACGGUACAUCGAGGGGCUACGCGAGAGACCGAGGGAGGGACGUUUGACGACGAACAUCACGCUCACACGCGGAGCGCCGGAAGACACCAAAGAUAUAUAUAUAUUACCGGCGAGUUUCGUCGAAUUUGUUCAUGCUACUCUCGCUGCCACUUAGAAUGUCUAGAAUCUCGUGGACUCGGCCGACACUCGGCCGCCUGAAUGCGCGCGCGAACACCGCGAAUGCCGUGUGACUCUUCACGCGCCGGCUACACUUUGAUAAAUUUCAUAUUGCAGACAUUUCAGUAAUACGCAUACACGCAUACGUCGCGACUUUUCUACGAACAGGUGAAACGUUUCGAAGGAGCCACUGAUCGACGACCAUCACCUUUCCGUUCGGGGACUGUGCAUGAGUAUGAAAAUGUUUAACGAUACAGUUCGUAAUGAUACUUCUCGUUGUAUCGAUCUUGAUCUAUAUAUUGUCGAAGCAGAAGGACUAUGAAAGUGAAAUGUGUGUAUAAUAAAGUUAAGAGAAAUCACUCUACGAUAUAUAUAUAUAUAUAAUAUAUAUAAGAAGCCGAAGCGCACGCGCGCAGACGCGCGAAUUAUUAGUUCGCCCGGCGAACGGACGAUUAUUAUUGUGCGGGAUGUGGAGAGUAAUUUAUUUAAAUAACUUAAAUAAACGUAAGCGCGCAGGAGGAAGACGAGAUUAUUAUUAUUAUGGCUCGCGAGUUGCGCGAGAUUUACGAGCACGUUUUGAAGCCAAUAACGUCGCUGCUGCCAGGACGUCGAGGGCAAUGAGAGAGGGGCACUUUCAUCCUUUCCAUUAUUCGUAUUAACAGUCUAGCGUGUACGAGGUAUGUAAGGAGAAUGUAUAAAAUAAAGCGAUCGCGCUAUAUUAACGUAAACGUGUUAUGAUAACGAGAAUUUUAAUAAGAGGCAAGAUAAGUAUAUAUCGAUCGUUAAAGUAGGCCGAAGUUUAACGACACGGGCGUAACACACACACACACACACACAAGCGGGCGCGAGCCGUGCGCGCUCGCGAUUUCGAGCGAAGCCACCGUAGAAGGAGUAAUUUCUCUGUCGUAGAAGUAACAUCGUAAGAUUAUAGCCACGAGUGUCAUCUUUCGACGUUAUCCGUUAAUGUAGAACCAAGGAGGGGGGGGAUGUUGCCGGAGUUAAAACCCGGGACGAAUUCCUUCGCGUUAAAUCAACGGAGAUUCCUGCCAUGUGUCCCGAUAAGUGUGCGAGAGAACGGAUCUUUUAUAGCGUAACGCGAGGUAACGCAAAGAUAAUCGCGUUUCUAUUUACGAGGCUGUAAAACUUGCAAGAAUAUUUAUAGCGUAGCGCGUAAUGUCCUCUUAAUCACGAUGCUAACUAUGUAACGGUCGUUAUGAGAGCAAAAGAGAGUGAGAGAGAGAGGGGGGGUUGGUUGGGUGAGUUCGUAUGCGUUCCUUCGAAAACGUUCGUCACGUCGGAGAGAUGAAUUUUUGACCCGUGUGUUGUCUCUCCUCGCUUCGAUUGAACGCGAUCUCUCAUUACGACUCGGUGAAACCCGCUUCUCAGGAUUGUCCCUCAUAAGCGAUCGUGCGAAGGUAAUUCGAGAGUUGCGCGAUGGCUGCGUUGCGACGGCUCGUCCUUCGCCAAAAUCGAUCGACCACUUACCGAUAAUAACUUCCGCCGUGCGAGACACCUGAUUUUCGAAUCUCUAAUCGCUUCGCAUCAAUGAUGAUUGGUCCGUCGUGAGGCGCGCCGCUUUGCGCGAGAGCGCGCAGCUCCCGUGUCGGUGGGAUCUGGUCGGUGCCGAAGUGUGAGUUACAAUUGUGUGCGCAUAAUACACGCCCCCACACACACACACACACAUAUAAGCACGUACUUAGCGAAUGUAGAAGGAAAAGUCGUGGAAAAGAAGAAAAAAAAAAGUGAAA